UCGUAAAUUCUCUACUUAGUUUCGUUUUUUCGUAAUUCGAUGCCGUAUUCCUCAAAAUAAGAUACGUAAUAUCCUAAAGCCAAUUUCGUUCAAAUGUGCCAUGUUACGUUGAUUACGCAGUUAUCUUCAUAAUGGCGACCGUGCUGGAGAAGCGCCUAUGCUUGUGAAAAUGAAGCGAAUAAGUUAUUUAUUUUAAUAAAACGCCGGGGUUACCCAUAGGAGGACGUUGCAUCGAAGACAGCGGCUUUCCCAGUGUUUGAAUUACAGUUUUGGUCCAUUGGUAGCCCGAAAUGAUGAAGUUAAAGUCAAAUCAAACCCGGACAUAUGAUGGGGAUGGCUACAAGAAGCGGGCCGCCUGUCUGUGCUUUAGGAGUGAAAGUGAAGAGGAGGUGAGGACGAGGAUGCAGGGCUAUAGGGUACUGUUGGUGAGUAGUAGUCGGCAUCCAGACAAGUGGAUCGUCCCUGGUGGAGGGAUGGAGCCAGAAGAGGAGCCCAAUGUAGCUGCAGCACGAGAAGUCUGUGAAGAGGCAGGUGUGAAGGGGACUUUAGGUCGCCUAGUUGGAAUUUUUGAGAACCGAGAGAGGAAGCACAGAACCUACGUCUACAUUCUUAUCGUAACGGAGGUCCUGCAAGAUUGGGAGGACUCUGUCAACAUUGGGAGAAAAAGGGAUUGGUUUAAAAUAGACGAUGCCAUACAAGUGUUGCAGUGUCACAAGCCUGUGCAGGCCACCUACUUCGAGCCUCUCAAGGAAGGUUGCCUGACCAGCAACGGGACGCCCCUGGUGGCCACGAUAGGGGGAGAACUCUCGCCCACCUACAACAUCAACCAGAGCUCUGUGUCGGGUAUCAGAUAACUAAAACACAACGCUGACACAAUCCCCAGGAGCUCUCACCACCACUCUCUCUCUUACUUCUAUUAUUUUUUUAUCUCAAAUACCAACAUGGGUUGCCUUGCCAACUCUUUUGUGCCAGAGUUGUGGCGCAGACUUGACAGGUGUUGGCUGAAGAUUCUGAAACACUUUGUAAAUGUAAUUUUUGACCCUUUUUUGUUGUUAUUAUUGUAUUGAACAUUGCAUGAAGCAUCCCUCACUCCCACAUUCUACCUUAACGCGCCCUUAGCGUGGUGUUUAUUGAAUGCAAGAACUACUUUUUACUGUUGUGAUGUAAAAGUGUAUACUUAGUGCUUAAGCUCAAGGCUUUCAAUGGUAUUUUAUGUCUUUUGGUUAUUUUCUGCGAAUGAAUGUGGCGAAGAGUGUUUUCCCUCUUAAGUAUAGGAAAUUCGAGCCCGACCGUUGUUUUUUUUGGGUCCGAUUCAGAUUUCUUUUGGGGGGGGGGGGGGGGGUAAGAUGUGCCGAUAUACAGUUUUACAGCCGGGAAGUGAGUCUCGUUUUUUCACCACACUGAAUUCUCAUAAAUUACCAUCCCAAGAGAGCAGUUGUCCAAUAACUAUGCCUCAAAUGUUUUCAUACAUUGUGAUAAUGACCCAUCAUGAGAAUGGCGGGAAGUGUUCAGAUCAGCAUGAUAUUCCCAUUUUUCAUCUUAUUUAUUGAAUAUCGGUGGAACUUCCGAUAGUGGUAAAAGGCCAAUAUCUGCCGACAAUAUCGGUGAACAGAUAUAUCGGUCGGGCUCAAUAGAAAAUGUUCUCUGUAUCUGAAUGGACAGAUUGUGGGUAGUUACUUGUUUUGCAUGAGCACUGGUAUGUUUUGUCUUACACAUUGGGGUGACCUGACACUGAUUGUGCAGCAGGGUAGUCUUCUGUGGUAACUGAGGUCUUUGAAUUAUCUUCAUUUAGCUCGAUUGUGGUUAUUGGUGUUAAUAUUUUGCAGGUUUCAUCAGAAAGACUAGGCCCUUUUCCACAUGGAUUUAUGACCUGAUUGUCAAGUGUACAUUUUCCCUUAGUCUGGAAGCUAGCCAGCCAUUUCAAUAUUACAUUUUGGGCAAAAAAUAUAUACUAUAGAAAGGUCUACUCAACUAAAGAUGUAGAACAAAGUAUCCUAUAGAGAAUGUAUUUCUCCAGUGUCUAUAUAUAUUUUAAUGUUCCCCUAGUCUGUUGAUAGUGGUUCACUAGACACUGAAACAGUUGGCAGAUCCCCUACCGACCGAAAUGUAUCCGUUUUUAUCAUUUGGAAUUGCAUGAUGUGAACGACUGCAGGCCUCCUCCAUUUAUUUUCCAGAGGGUGAAAGGACUACUGACUGCAGUGCCAUCCAUGGACUGACUUACCUUCACCCAACACACAACUCUUAAUCACAUUUUCAGAUUCUCCCGACUCACCUCAGUUUAUAGCAGAUGUUUACAUUGUUCAUAGCAUUUAUUUAUCACACCAGACAGCUAGAUGGGUAUUUUAGAUGACUUUUCAGUAAGGUAUUUUUUAGUAUAGAAUCUGCGUCCCCGAACAAACACAUGAUACCUACCUGCUUGGCAUUCAAAGUCAUGGAAUCUAAAAUGCUGUCUUGGCAAGAUGCAGAACAAACAAGCCUUGUACAGUUGGAUACCUUGUUUUUAACAUGUAAAAAUGCUUUUGGAUAGUUUUUUUGCUCUCUCUUAAACGUCUGGCAAAAGUCUCUCUAGCCAACCUGCGAUACUUGCCUUGGAUGUGGCAUGGAGCAGCUGGCUUAAUACUGUGAAACUGGAGGCGCUGUAGAUGGCAUGUAAGCUGUUGUAUUGUAAAUUGUUUAUUUCUGUAUAGAACAAAGGUGAGUGUACAAAUGACAAAAACAGUUUCUCUGAUGCAGUUGUGAGUGCUAUAUGUUGCUCAAAACAUGGCUGUAGAGUUGACUCGAUCCCCAAACAGGCGGUGAUGUUGGAUUUGUUGAUGUGUUGCUUUGAUACACAAGGGCUGGGGUUGAAAAUAACUCAAAUGAUAUAAGCAGCUGAGAUGCCGCCUCAGAUGUUCUAUGAAGACCAUGUGCAACUGAGGCCGAGGUAAUAAAGUGAAGUUAAUCACAGUUGAACGGUUAACAUACAAAGGACUCAAUCACAUCCGCUUUAGCCGACAUCUUCAUAGCGGUUCUUUUGGUGGUGUGGAACUGCAUUUAGAGCUGUCAAAUCCACUGGCAGCUCCUGGCAUUUUACCUAAAGCGGACACUGCCAUUGGCUGCACAGAGUCACAUUAAGAGAAACCCCAUGUAGCCUUGUUUACAAGUUGGAACACUGGAAUGUGAGAGAUAAUUUACACCUCGAUUAGGCUGAUAGAAAUACUUAUUUUGUUUUCUGAUUUUCAACUUGAGCAUUAUUUCUAAAUAGUGUAGGCUCUUGUUCUAAGCUUCUAACGCAAGUUUGACGGGUGUGGCAUUGUGGCUGAUCAAGAGCAGCUGCACACUGAUUUAACGGCUCCAACGCAGUUGCACCUAUGCAGGUGUCGGCUAUUGCCGGGUAACUCUUAAUCUAAUUUAGGCCGAAAUGUAGAUUCUCCGCUGAGCACUGUUCCAAACCACUAGUCUACCAUACAGCACUGCGCUGUUACGACAUUAUCCUAGUCUCUGACAACCAACGCUUAUACUUACAUGCCACUACAUCUCCCUCGGCAUCUCUUUUGCCCCAUAAUUGUUUCAGUAGCUCAUCAUUCGCUCUCCAAACGGAGCGUUAUGUUCUCCCCAAUCCCAGACUCAAUGUAGGCCUGUUCUCAAAUUGGCAAUGGAUAUGAAAUAUCUUUCAGGGUGUAACUAAAUUGAGUGGAUGACAUAUCAAUAGGAAUGCUACAAGAAUCCCUCUCACAAAGGCCUGGGACUUUGAACCCAGAUGUAUUGGUUUUUAAACGAGCUGCAUCGAAAUGUGUGGAGGGGGCAAAGUCUUGGAACUGUCUAGUGAAGACCGGAUCCUUUCCAAUAUCACCUGUCAAACCCACAGAGCAGAAUACAUUUAGGCCAAAGUCCACCAUUUAGCUUAGAGCUGUAAAAUGUGUGACUGAAAGGGGUUCUACUAAAAAUCAGUACGAGGGCAGGCAAGCGCUGUAAAAAAAGAAUGGAUAUUCGUGUAACAGCCAAUGAAUGACUACUUAUUCUUUAACCGUUGUCAAUUUUAAUGUGUUCCUGACGAGGUGUUGUACAUGCAUACUAGUUAAAGCAGGACGUCUUAUAGCUAGAGGCUCUCCGAUACACUUUAGUCAAGUGUGUUUUUCCCUUUCCAUAUCACAAUUAACUUAUUUUAAUGCAAUGGGCAAUGAAAGUCGAAGUGGACAGGGAUUUAUACAUGCAUUUCUCUUCCUAAGGGAUGACUUUUACACGGCACUGUUGUCAAAGCAUGAAAAGCAUAGUGGAAGCCUGGAUGAAUGAAAGUAGGAAGGAUGCAUUUCUAAAAGGCUCAAAAGCAACCUCUGCCCCAAUAGGCCAUGGUCCUUCAACACAAGAGAUAUUGGAAAUCACAUGGCCACUGGGAAACGAUUAACACCAGCUAGUGGCCAGGCAGUACUUUGCAACAACCCACGUGAAAAUGUUUUGCCUCAAUGUUCAGUUGAGAAUUCUGCAGUGUUCAUGACGUAGCAUUUCAUUGGGAUAGUGGUUAACAGCGAUCCUUUUUCAAUUGGACCGUACAGGUGAUACUCCAGCUAUGUACAAAUUGAUUAGGCAAAAAUUGUAAUCCGAUGUGAUUCAGUGUAAAAAGCUAUUUGGACUGCCUAAUAUGUUUCCAUUUCCCUCAACAUGACCUCAGCCUUUUAGUUUCCCUACAUAUUUGUAGUAAAGGUGUACUUCUCUGGAAUUUGAUUUCUCAUCAUUUGGGACUGUGGAAUAAAUCAGUGGACUGAAGAUUGUAAUAUAAAGAUGUGCCAACAAAUAAAAACACCAGUAUUUCAGAUCUGGAUUCAA